CCCGUCGAACACAGUCUCUUUCAAUUCCUCGCCAAGGCCCUUCAGACCCAUCACCGCUUCCUGGCCGGCCGGCUCUCGCGUGCUGAAGCCCCUAUCUACGUCAUCGGCAACCCCUCCGCCGACCUGGACUCGAUCAUCUCCGCCAUUGUCUACGCUUCCUUCGCCCAUCCCCGCCCUCAUGUCCCCCUAAUCAACCUUCCCUCCGUUCGCGCUGGCCCCGAACUACGCCGUCUACGUCCCGAGUUCGUCAAAUCCCUCUGGCUCUCCACCCACCCCCCAGCCCCGGACGAUCAAACAUGGGCCGAUACGCCUGAAUCCGCCGGUUCCCUCCUACACGACCACCUCCUCACCGUCGCAGACUUCGUCUCCCACCUCGAACAGCUCCCCAACAGUCCUGACACCCUCAUCUCCGCCGAUGCAGUCCUCGUUGACUGGAACGCUCUCCCCAUUCGCUCCCCCGACCACCCCCGCGGACAAGGCUCCCUCUCCUCCCUUCCGAACAUCACCUUCACCGUCGUCGGCUGCAUCGACCACCACGUCAAUGAAGACUUCCUCGGCCCUAUCACAGACCCAGACCAACCCUUCCUUCUUCAACCCUCCGGCUCCUGUACCUCACUAGUCGUCAACAUGCUCGACAAAAUGGACCGCUGGCGCCGCACCACCCCCGCCCCUAGUCCCGCAGAACACCAACUCGCUAAACUAGCCAUGAGCCCCAUCCUCAUCGACACAAGCAACUUCACGGCGAAAGAAAAAGUCACUGACUCGGAUACACUAGCGUAUAGUUUCCUGCGCUCGAAAAUUAACUCCAUCCCUUAUGGUGAUACCGAGAAACCAUGGGAUCACAAUUCCUUCUACGAGGAGAUUAACACAGCGAAACGGAAUAGUCUUGAUUUACUUACGGUUGAGGAGGUGUUGGAUAGGGAUUAUAAGCAGUGGACAGAGUCACCGGGAAGUAAUUCCCAAGAGGAGAAAGUGGAGAUUGGAAUCUGCUCCAUGGUGAGAUCGUUGCCGUGGGUGGUUCGGAAAGCGGAAACUGCAGAGGCGUUUCUCCAUGCGUUGGGGGAGUUUGCUAAGCAGAAGGAGUUGCAGAUCGUUAUGGUCGUGACGGCAUUUACGACGGGAUCGGAGGGACGAUUCUGUCGUGAGUUGUUGGUCUGUGCGAAAGAGGGCACGGGAGUACGUGGUGUAGAAGCCUUUAUCGAGAGGGCGGGAGCGGAAUUGGGGCUGGAAGAGUGGAAGGUGUUAGACGGGGAAGAGGGAGGUGAGUUAGGGGAUGCCGAAUGCGAAGAUAAGACGAUGAGAAAGUGGAUCUGGGUACAGGGAAACGUCACGAAGAGUCGGAAACAGGUGGCCCCGUUGAUUAGGGAAGCAGUGGGGUCGCUUUGA